UAUCUGGAGCUGGGUUACGCCGGCGCCGCCCUGCAGGACAACUGGAGUGUGUCAGACUUUGGCAUUACCACAGGAAGCACCAUUCGCUGUCAGGUGAAGGAAGUCAGCAAGGCCAUUCUAUUUUUGUUCAGUGCCAUAACAAAGGAGACUCUCCCCAUAAUGGGACCGGUAACCUUACUGAGAUCCUUUGUGUCCAAACUGAAGUCACUGGUGUCCCUGCAGCUCGGUAUUCCUGUCAGUUCCUUCAGACUCUCCACUGGGAGCCGCCUUCAUCUCUAUGACUGUAACCUGCUCAGUGACUAUGCUGUGCAAGCUGUUCAGCGUCACUUCUCUAUGGAGAAACCUGUGCUUAGGUUUCAGAAGCGUGUGGCUCUCUAUGUGGCGGCAGCACAUGGACACCUGGACAUGGCCAACUUGCUGAUCAAUGGUGGGGUCAAAGCAGAAGAUCCUGUCGGCUUCCAUCCCUACUGCACAUGGUGCUACCUGAUGGAUCAUCCGGACUCUUUGAAGUGUCCCACGCAUGCAGCAGUCGAGGCUGAGCAACUCCUGGUUUUAAAAUUGUUUGUUAGUAGAAGCAUUGCAAGUCUGGCCUGCUGCGAUCCCAGUGGCAGGAAUCUGCUGCAAAUCGCAAUUCGGCAUAGAUGCAGAGAGUGUGUUACCUAUUUAGCUUCAAAACUUUACAUUACUGUCAACUUUCCUGGGUACUCUCUACCAAUGUACAUCUACCUUCAAAUCAAGACAUGGAUACUCAGGGCUCAAGCAAGAAAACGCCAAUUGUUGGUAAGAAAGCUUGGUGAUCUGGUGCAUUUUGAUGGCUUUCCCAUGCAGAACAAGUCCUCGAAUCUCAGAGGCCGAGCAUUGAGAAGAUAUAUAGAGGUCAAAGAAUCAUCCUGCAACUUCCCAGUGACAUCAUCCUUUGUGGGUCCUUCCUGUGUUUGUCAUCACUCUGCUGCUCCAACUUCCCAGAGUGCAUCGGUAGUGCUGCCACAGCUGCAUCCUCCCCAAACCAUGAAGAGCGCAAUACAACAGCAGAACAUCACUAGAAACAGGGCAUGUGGGAAGAAGAACCCAAAGGAAAUCCUGCCAGCUGAAAAUAGCAAUGGGAGCAUUGGGGCCUGGCACAGUAAAGUUCCCCAUCCCUGUUCUUUUCCAGACAUCAGGCACAGACACUUCCUCAUCAGUAGGUCCUUGACAUCUGACAAGAUACUUGACAUCCCUCAGGAAAACUUUAAACUCCUUAAUGGACGAACUCUUCGGGAGAAUGCCAUUUACUGCUUGGCCAUUGCCAGUUCUUUCACUGAGAAGCCGUCGCUGCAGCAGCUAGCGCUAGCACAGACACUAGCCAGACGCAGCGUCCAAAGCACUCUGAGAGAUGACCUGGAAACCUGCUGACAACCCUUGCAAAACAGAUUACACAAUGAAGUCAGAAGCGACUU